AGACGCGCAGCAGCGGACGCACACUGCGGGGAAAUGAAACACGCUGCAGGUCCCAGAGCUGCCGAUCACUUGUCCUCCAGCUCUGCUCCUCUCCUCUGUCAGCGGGACACCACACACCGUCCGGGAUCAUGCCGUGUUCUCAUACGACUCACUUAUUAUCGCCUUACCGGAUCGCAGCUGAGUGAAAGAGAAAGUCCACACUGGAUCUGAACCCUACGCACUUGUCCGAUUCUUUUUUCUUUUUUUUUUUUGUUUUGUACUUUUGCCACCGUGGAUGAGACCUUUGCAUACUUUGUGUCUGAGUAACUCGGAUUUUCUGGCUCCGUUUUCUUUUCCACAUACUUUGGAUUUAUUCCUGCAGCGAGGAGAUAUGUUGGUUUUGUUUGUGAUCAGUCUGGCCGUGUUGUCAGAUGCAGGUCUGUCAAUGGAGGUGUUUCGUGCAGGCGUGGCCCCUCGCUGCGAGAGCCGGGCCUGCAACCCCCGCAUGGGAAACUUAGCUCUGGGUCGCCGGGUCCUGACGCAGACCGUCUGCGGCAACAACGGCACCGAGCUCUACUGCUCCUACUCCGACCCCAACGCCAACCUGGCCUGUGACGCCGCCAGGUGCGCCAAAUGCAACGCCGGCCUGCCUCUCCUGUCCCACCUGGCCGGGGCCAUGUCCGACUCCUCCUUCCGCCACCCGAACACCUGGUGGCAGUCGGCUGAAGGGGUGGAGUCUGAGACGGUGCAGCUGGACCUGGAGACGGAGUUCUACUUCACCCACCUCAUCAUAGUGUUUCGCUCACCGAGGCCUGCCGCCAUGACCCUGGAGCGCUCGCAGGACUUUGGGCGAACGUGGAGGAUGCUGCAGUACUACGCCGGCAACUGCAGCGCCGCCUUCGGCCUGGAGGAGGGGAAGGCAGCUUUGGGCCAGGACGGAGCCAUCUGCACGUCCAAGUACUCAGGAGCUUAUCCCUGCAACCGGGGAGAGGUGAUCUACCGAACCCUCCCAAAGUGGGAGUCCCUGGAUCCAUUUGGGGCCGAGGGCCAGCAGCAGCUGAGGGUCACCAACAUCAGAAUCCGGUUGCUGAAGCGACAGGCGUGUCCCUGCCAGGCCAAAGACCUCGCGUCCGCACACGAAGAUCUUCCCACUCGGCACUUUGCCAUCUACGACCUGAUAGUGAAGGGAAGCUGCUUCUGUAACGGCCACGCCGAGCAGUGUGUUCCUGCACCGGGAUACCAGCCCAUCAGGGACCGGACCAACCACGUGGUCCAUGGGAAGUGUGUGUGCAGACACAACACUGCAGGUGAUCACUGCGAGCGCUGCGCUGCGCUCUACAACGACCGACCCUGGCAGCCUGCUGACGGACUGACGGGAGCUCCACACGAAUGUCGGAAGUGUAAGUGUAACGGACACGCUCAGAGCUGCCACUUUGACUGGACGGCAUGGCGCGAGUCCGGCCAGCGCAGCGGAGGCGUCUGCGACUGUCUGCACAACACUGAAGGGCGUCAGUGUCAGAAAUGCAAGGCUGGCUUCUACAGAGACCCCCAGCGACCGCAGACGGCCCCCGACUCCUGCAAACCAUGCAGCUGUCACCCCAUGGGCUCCAUGCCCUUCCACUUGGCCGACGGCUCGCUGUGCGACCCCUCCAACGGAAACUGCAUCUGCAAACCCGGAGUAGGUGGAGCCCACUGCGACAGUUGCAUGGUGGGAUACUGGGGCUUUCACGAGUAUGGCUGCCGUCCAUGUGACUGUGCAGGAGACUGUAAUCCGUAUACUGGGGACUGCAUGUCCGGCUCUGACCUGGAGUUGUACAACUUGGAGGGAAACUCCAGUGAGCCGGUGAGGAUCUUCAGAGCAGACGAACUCUUCUCUGCUUUCCACUACUUAGAGAAGUGUGAGUGCAAAGAGCAAGCCCUGACCAACAGUAAACUCUUCUGCACCAUGAAUUAUGCAUACGUGCUGAAGGUGAAAGUGUUGUCUGCCCACGAUAAGGGCUCCCACGCCGAGGUGGAGGUCAAAGUUCAGAAAGUGCUCAGUCAGAACACCAAAGUGAAGAUACAGCGAGGUCGAGUCACCCUUUACCCCGAGUCCUGGACCGCACGGGGCUGCACCUGCCCCAUCCUCAACCCAGGUGUGGAGUAUUUGGUGGCAGGUCACUCGGACCGCAAGCACGGCCGCCUCCUGGUCAACAUGAAGAGCUUCGUGAAGCCUUGGAAAGCCAGUUUGGGCCGCAAAGUCCUCACACUGCUAAAGAAAGACUGCAACUGGUAGGCGGACGGCGAGAGGACGGGAGGAACUGGUGACAUUACAGACGAGACUGUUUUUAAGCAAAGCCGUGGAUUUUCCUGUCCCUCCAGGUGUGGAAUAUUAGGUCGCACCGGUCUGGCAGCAGUUUCUGGGGAACUGAACUGAGAUGAUUGAACCCCUCCAUUUCUCUGCUGCUGUCCAACGAGAGCACAAACCUCGUCCUGAGCUGCAGCAGCUGAAAGCACGCAGGACGUAAUUUUAUCAAGACAUCUGUCUCGCAUCUGAGCAAGCUCUCAUUCUUACAUUCCUAUGUGGGAUUCGAACAAAAAUUUCCUUUGCUGUUGCCGCUGGAGCUCAAGAAAUUGAGGAAUUCAGAGCCACGUCCAAGAGCUCUAUACUGAGUGACUGAAUGAACCCUGGACCCUUUAACAUACAGUAAAACACAAACUUAUCUCCCUCCUCUGCAGCACUUUAGCCUCAGAUGGACUGAGGGAAUACGGACACACAAAGCGAGGAGGAUUAAACUCACUCGCUCAUAUGAACUGUGGAUGAAGGAUUCCCUUUACAGUGGACACGCUCACAGAGGCAGCAGUGUGUGUGUGUGUGUGUGUGUGUGUGUGUGUGUGUGUGUGUUGCAAGACGCAAUGUGCAAAGCACCCCGAGUGACGCUGAACAAGCCAUACAAGCCACUACAGGUGGAUAAAUCUUAGCCAGUCCAGGUGUGCCUGUGUUGAAAUCAGAGCGAAUGGGUUUUACCCCGAACGUGAAUGUAUUUGCCUGCCUGUGUUUGUGUGUGUGUGUGUGUGUGUGUGUGUGUGUUGAAUGGCAGACAGAGUGAGAUCGGUUGAAUGCAGCGUUAUAUUACGAGCACAGUCCAGAUUCAGUCCAGCUCUAAAGCUUCUAUGUAGGUUGAAACCGUUCCAAUGUUUAUCAUACAGCAUUAUGUGUACUGAUUCAUCUCAUAUUUACACUCCUCUGCUGAAUUCAGAAAAUUCCUGUUAUUCCUUCCUUUGUGCUCUUGUACAGUAUUAUUUGUAUAUAUCUAUAUAAAUAUUAUUGCUCAUCUUUCCCCCUUCUGUUAAUUGUUUUUGUACAUGGUAAUAUUAAAGGAAAACUCCAGCUUAUUA